UUUUGGCGCUUUCCAACACUAAGCCAGCGAGGGCCACCCCUCCGGCUUAUCGAAAAACAUUGGAACAAUUUUCUCCACCUCUAUUGCUGUGACAUAUUAAUUAAAAUUUUUUUCAUAACAUUAGCACAGUAGGAGCGGAGAAAAACAACAACAAUACGAAGCUAGGACAGAUACAAGAUAGUUUAAAUUUUUCAUAGAAAUUACUUAUUUUUUUCACACACACACGCCCGCUUACACACGUUUGUUCAAACAGAGACAGAAAUUACGAAGAACAUAAAUCGAAAUGAGUAUUUUGAGUGUGCGCUAUCUGGCCCAGAAGUUCAUCCGCCAGGCGAACAUAUUGGCCAACAGGCGGGUACUGGGUCCCACAUAUCAGCGUUCGCCACCGGCAUACGCUCAUCUACGGUCGGCACACAGCAGCCUGUAUCAAAUGGUAAAGAAACGCACUCUCGAGGCGCGCAGCAAAAUGCAAGCCAAUAAGUAUCCGAACAAUCAAGCCUGCGUAACCACACCAAUCGCCAGCGAGUACGAAGCGAAUGUGGAUACCACCAAUCCCGCCGCACCGAUACCCUUUGCCACCACCUCCACCACUGCAACCGCCAACUAUCAAGCUCCCUCCCAAGUCGAUCCACUAUUCAAAGUGGGCUUUGCCGACUGCAAGAGCAUCUGUAGUGCCAAGGAGGUGCUGAAAUCCUCGGACUGCGAGACGCACACUUCUGCCGCCGCGAUGGAUGUUUGCAAGCAGAAGAAUGUCUGCGAAGAGUUCAAGCGCAAACGCAAAGAAACAAGUGUCCACGACGAUGAUGGCUCCGAUGGAAAGGAUGGUGAAGACGAGUGCGAGUGCCGGCUGAAGGAUUUGCGAUUCAAAUGUCUAAUGGGUGCACUGGCCGCCCUCCUAGCUGGAGGAUUUCUGGCUUGGUUGGUGUCGCGCUUAACGGAUGACAGCGAAGCCAAGAGGCAACAGGAAGAGAACGACCGAAACAAACGUAACCUCAUAUCUGGCUUAGUCACGAGUCCACCCAGUUCCGAAUCCCUGCCCAAGCAUGUCCCGUACCUGAUCAUCGGCGGCGGCACCGCUGCUUUCUCCGCUUUCCGGGCCAUCAAGUCCAACGAUGCUACCGCAAAAGUGCUGAUGAUCAGCAACGAGUUCCGCAAACCCUACAUGCGCCCGCCCCUGUCCAAGGAGCUCUGGUAUACGCCCAAUCCCAACGAAGAUCCCAUCAAGGACUAUCGCUUUAAGCAGUGGACGGGCUCUGAGAGAAGCUUGUUUUUUGAACCAGAUGAGUUCUUCGUAGAUCCAGAGAACCUGGCGGACAGCACCAAUGGUGGAAUAUCCGUUGCCCAGGGUUUCGCCGUUAAGAAAGUGGACGCCCAAAAGCGCGUUGUGACGCUAAACGAUGGCUAUAAGAUCGAAUACAAUACGUGCCUUAUCGCCACCGGUUGCUCGCCCAAGAACCUGCCCAUGUUCCGCGACGCAUCACCGAGUGUACGGGAAAAGGUGAUGGUGUAUCGUACGCCGGAUGACUUUGAUCGACUGCGUCGCUUGGCGGCGGAGAAGCGAUCCAUUACCAUUGUGGGCAAUGGUUUCAUUGGCAGCGAACUGGCCUGCUCCCUGGCGCACUACGCCAAGGAGAACAAUGGCGGUAAGGUGUACCAGGUGUUCCAGGAGGAUGGCAACAUGUCGAGGGUCCUGCCGAAGUACCUUAGCCGUUGGACGAUGGCCAAGAUGGAAGCUCAGGGCGUUUGCGUCAUCCCGAAUGCCAGUGUUAAGUCCGCGACACGAGACAACAACAAUCUCAAGUUGGAGCUUAACAAUGGCAUGACCCUUAUGUCGGACGUGGUGGUCGUAUGUGUGGGCUGCUCCGCCAACACGGAGCUGGCGAGUCCCAGCCAUCUGGAGGUGGACCGCAGUUUGGGCGGCUUUGUGGUUAAUGCCGAACUGGAGGCUAGAACAAAUCUGUAUGUGGCGGGAGAUGCUUCCUGUUUCUAUGAUCCGCUGCUGGGCAGACGGCGAGUGGAGCACCAUGAUCACUCUGUUGUCUCUGGUCGUUUGGCCGGUGAGAACAUGACUGGAGCCAAGAAACCGUAUCAGCAUCAGAGCAUGUUCUGGUCGGAUUUGGGUCCAGAGAUUGGCUACGAGGGUAUCGGUCUGGUGGACUCUUCCCUGCCCACAGUCGGUGUAUUCGCGUUGCCAACGAAUGUGGCCAAGCGGGUGGACAAGCUGCCCGAAUCGCCGGAGAAUCAAAGCUCAGAAAGUGCACCAACCUCAUCCAAUGCGUCGGUGGAGAAGAGUGAUAAGGAUGGUGUUACCUGUAAUCCGGAUGAAUCGGAAAACUAUGGAAAAGGUGUAAUCUUCUAUUUGAAAAACGAUAAAGUCGUUGGUAUUCUGCUGUGGAAUCUUUUCAAUCGAAUAGGAUUAGCUAGGACGAUAAUUAAUCAGAAUGCCAAGUACGAUGACCUCAACGAGGUGGCCAAACUGUUCGAGAUUCAUGCGUAGAGCACCGAGUGUCCCCAUGGAGUGGACAAAAUAUAAUCCCUGGAAUGCAAAUCAUGCCGGCACCGAACAGAAAUCCGAGUUCAGCAUUUAACUGUGUAUGAGUGUGUGCAACAUGCAACAUGCAACAUACAACUGAAACUGGAUACAAAUCGGCAAAUCGGCACAAUGCAACAGAAAUUUUAGUUUUAUUAUUUUUGAAGUAAAUCACUUAUUUUUUUGUAUAAUCAACGACGACAUUCAUUCGGUGUAUCUGCAAUGUAAAUAUGUAAGAGACGUGGAUACUCGGUCAUCUGUUGAGCUUUCGUGUGUGUUUCCUUUCUUUUUUUCCAAAUAAUAAACAAAUAAUGUCAUGCAACAGGCAACAAACAUCUAAACAGAACGCACAGCUACUUUGUUGAAAUUAUGUUGCAUUCGAAGUGUAAAUUAUACCUUAAUUGUUUCAAUAGAUUUAAGCGUUACUAUCCCCAGUCUAUUUCUAAUAAAAAUAGGAUUUUUUAAACCAAA